AAAAAAAAAGGCAGUGCGGUUUAGAGGUUACCAGCAGCAAGACAGCCAGAAGCUACUUUGCUAUUUAUUGCAUGGCAUGAGGGCAGAAGAACACCAGAGUGAGUAAAGGAAUUUUUAAAGAAUUUAGUAAUUCUACUGAAAAAUUGAAUGAAGAACUAAAAAAUAAAGUUAAAGAUUAUUAAAAAAAUCAGUACCAAAUUUUCUGGAUCACAUCUUUGGUGGUGAAUUAACUGGUACAAUCAUGUGUGAUGAAUACAGAACUGUCUCCUUGGUUCAUGAAUCUUUCCUUGAUUUGUCUCUCCCAGUUUUAGAUGAUCAGAGUGUUAAGAAAAGUAUAAAUGAUAAAAAUGUGAAAAAGACAAUGGAGGAUGACAGUAAAGACAGCGAGGAAGAAAAGGAUAAUGAUAGUUACAUAAAAGAGAGAAAAGAGAUUCUUUCAGGAAUAAGCAAGUACUUACAGAAAAAAGCAAAGAAGCAAGCCAAGAACCAAAGAAGGCAACAAAAAAUUCAAGGAAAAGUUCUCCAUUUAAAUGAUAUUUAUACUGUUGACUGUCCUGAAGAUAAUGAAUGUGAGGGUGAAAGGUCACUUCAGGAAGAAGUGGAUCUUAAAUCCAACCAUGUUUCACAUGAGGAAGUUGCACAUGAAGAAUUUUGUGUUAAUCAGAAAGCUCUGAAUAGCCAAGAGAAAGCAGUAGAAAGCAUAACUGACAAUCAAAAAUCCAUAGAAGAAGUAGAUAUAAUAACUGUCAAUGUGGAUAAUGAUCUGGAGGAUUUGGCAUCUUCUACUGAAUGCACUAGGACUUCAGAUGGUGCCCGUCUGGAGGAAGAGAGCAGUGGUGAAGCAGACAUUUCCAAUGAUUUCAAACACCCUAACUUAAAUGGUGCUCUUGGACCUGAUGGAAUAAACACAGAGAUUUUGAAUGACGGUCAUAUUCCUGUGGCAAAGGUGUACGAGGUUGUAAACGAAGAUCCAGAAACUGCUUUUUAUACUCUUGCAAACAGGGAAGCUUUCAGUACUGAUGAGUGUUCGAUCCAACACUGUUUAUAUCAGUUCGCCCAUAAUGAGAAACUUAGAGAUGCAGAUAAACUGCUUUGUGAAGUAUGCACAUGGAGACAGUGUAAUGGGUCAAAGGUGAGAAGACGCAUGUUUAUACUGAUGCCGAAAAGCAAAUGCUAAUUUCUCUUGCUCCUCCUGUCUCUCUCUUCAUUUAAAAAGAUCUCAGCAGGCUGGUUUUAGCCUACGCAAAGUUAACAAACACAUACAGUUUCCAGAAAUCUUAGAGUCGGCUCCUUUUCAUACUCGCCAGUGCAGGAAUGUUGCUGAAGACAAUCCAAGAGCACUAUAUUCCUGAUAUGGAGUUGCUGAACCCAGUGGUACUGAGGUCGGGCACUACACUGCCUAUGCCAAGGCAAGACCUGCAAAUAAUCGUCUCUCUAAUCUUGGUCUUCAUGGUGAUAUUCCACAAGAUUUUGAAGUGGAAUCAACCAAAGGGCAAUGGCUUCACAUCAGCGAUACACUUCUUAGAGUUUCAGUUCUCAUUUGGGGAAUAGGUUAUCACAAGCAAAUGGAGACUUCCACAAAAUAGUAUCUAAUUCUGCCUAUUUGGAGAACAGUGUGGAAAGACUGAAGCUCAGAAAAAUAAAAUGACUAGGACAAAGUCGUGCCCAAUUAGAGCCAUAUCCCAUACCUGAACCCAGUGUAUUGGUCAGCUACUGCUGCAUAAUAAACAUCCCUAAACCACAGCAAUGUAAACCGUUCACAUUCCCUUCUCAUGCACCCACUGGGAAUUUGCUAGGACGCUCUGGCCAAGGAGGCUGGGUCAAGGCAACGCAGCCCCUGGAGCUCGCUGCCAAAGUGCAUGACAGGCUUUCUUACACCACCUGCCAACGAGAGCCCACCAUGUGGCCAAGCAGCACUAUGGGGUGGAGAGGACACCUCGAGGGAGAGCACAGACACCUGCAGGACAGAUGUCACACAGGAGGGCAGCACAGCCCCAAGGAGAACAACAAAGAGAAGCCGCGCCCUCUGCUCCUGCGGCUCAGGAACAAAAUGCAGAAGGAGUAUUCUGAGCCUGCAGCCACUGAGCCAGCAACAGAGCUGGCACUGGGCCACACCCCAUCCCCAUGAGCUCGUCGGCCCCUUGUUCCCUGUGAGGCCUGGGAGCACUCACCAGCUGGAUGGUGACACGGGGGACAGCGGCCUGCCCAUUUGACUGCAAGUGGCAGGUACCCAAGGCCAUGUGGAA